AUGAAGUUCUCUCACAGUCUGCACUUGAACUCUGUGCCGGACUGGUCGCAGCACUAUCUCGACUACCAGCACUUGAAAAAGGUGGUGUAUUCACUGGAGCGAGAGCAGUAUGCGUCGAACGACACCGAGACAGGCGAGCAUGGCGCCACGCUCGAGAGUGAAUCCGAGACGCUGUUGAGCAGUGACCCGAGUGAUUUGGACCGACGAUUCAUAGUCCACCUGGAUGCGGAGCUGCGCAAGAUUGUGGAUUUCUACUGCUGGAAGGAGAAGGAGCUGGGUGAUGAAGUCGAUAUGACGCACGAGCACAUCCGGAUGGCCGAAGAAGACUAUGACGGUGUGUCUGGCGGUGAGUCGGACGCGGAAGCUGCGUUAGAUGAGCCAGAUUCGCAUCGGCGUGCGCCCGUGCGCACGCGCUCUCAUGCUUCGGCGAGCGACCCGGACACCGAGUCCCUGCCGGUGUCUCGCUGGUUUCAUACCUUUGGCAAGAAGGGCUCUUUCCACAAGUCGCGUCGUCACCGCAGUCCGAGCAACUCGAGCUUUGAUACCAACCUGGCCAGCAACGAUGGCAACUCGAUGCGCGGCAUGGCGCCGAAUGUGUGGAUGUCGCAAGACGACUACGCGAUUGAUUUGCGUCUGACGCUGAAGCGCAAGCUCAUUGAAAUAUACACGCUUCUCAACGAGCUGCGCGGCUUUUCUGACCUGAAUCAAACAGGUAUGAAGAAGAUUCUGAAGAAGUACGACAAGAUCACAGGCGGCACCCUCAAGGAUCGCUACAUGGAGCAGGUGGUCAAGGUCAAGUACCCGUUCCAGCCCCAGGCGCAUGCCCUCCUGAUGGAUAGGGUGAAUGAAGUGGUCCAGAUGUAUGCGCGUGUCGCGGCGCGUGGUGAUGAAGAGCUCGCGCAGCAGCAGCUGCGUAUGCAACUGCGCGAGGAAGUCGUGUGGCACCGCAACACCGUGUGGCGUGAGAUGAUCAAUAUCGAGCGCCGUGCACAGGCAGCGACGCUGGAGAAGAGUCUUAUGGGCCGCACGGGGGGCACACUGGGUGAGGAGCCCGAGAUGCCGCGGCUGCUGCGCACGCCGUUCGGCACGUUUGUCGUGCCGUCGUUCUUCACGGUCGGAACGCUGCAGUUGGCGUUGUCUCUUCUCGUGUUUGUGCUACUGCUCAAGGCGCCUGCGCUGCGCAUAUUUGACCGCGUCGAAGUGCAAAACUGCUUCGCCCUGCUGGUGCUGUGCACGAGCUUGUGGGUGACGGAGGUCGUGGAGCUGUUUGUCACGUCGUUGCUCGUGCCUUUCUUGAUCGUGACGCUGCGCGUGGCUCGAGAAGGCGAAGGCGAAGGUCGGCGUCUUUCCGCGCCGGAGACGAGCAAGUGGAUCUUUUCGCAGAUGUUUGCGCCGAACAUUUCGCUGCUCCUGGGUGGCUUCACGCUGGCGGCCGCGCUGUCCAAGUACGGCAUCGACAAGGUCCUGGCCACGCGCGUGCUGCAGUAUGCAGGCAGCCGGCCGAGCGUCGUGCUGCUGGCGCAUAUGCUGGUGGCGUGCUUUGCGAGUAUGUGGAUUUCGAACGUGGCUGCGCCUGUGCUCAUGUUCUCGCUGGUGCAGCCGAUCUUGCGCAACCUGCCGCCCAAGUCGCCGUACGCCACGAGUAUGGUGAUGGGCAUUGCGCUGGCGUCGAAUAUCGGCGGACAGACGUCGCCGAUUGCGUCGCCGCAGAACCUGAUUGCGCUGCAGUACAUGGACAAGCCGCUGGGCUGGGUCCAGUGGUUCGGCAUCACGAUCCCGGUCAGUGGCGUAUCGCUGCUGGCGCUGUGGCUGCUGCUGCUGUGGAGCUUUGGCACCGGAUCCGGCGUGCACAUCAAGCGCAUACCCGAGUCGGACCAUACGUUCACGCUCAAGCAGUGGUUUAUUUCCGGCGUGUGUGUCGGGACGAUCGUGCUUUGGUGUUUCCAGAACCAGAUCCAGGCCAUGGUCGGUGACAUGGCCGUGACGGCGUUGAUUCCCCUCGUGCUCUUCUUCGGCACGGGCAUUCUCACCAAGGAAGACUUUAACAACUUUCUGUGGACGAUCGUGUUCCUGGCGAUGGGCGGCAUUGCGCUCGGAAAGGCUGUGGCGUCGAGCGGCCUGCUUAAGAGCCUCGAUGCGUUUGUGCAGGACAGGGUGAAUGGCCUCCCGCUCUGGGGCAUCAUGCUCAUAUUGGUGGCUGUCGGCCUGGUCGUCGCGACCUUUAUUUCGCACACGAUCGCCGCCGUAUUGCUCGUGCCGAUCGCCGCGCAGAUGGGCGCGAACCUCGCAGACCCACACCCACGCUUGCUGAUCAUGGCCACGACGCUCACGUCCAGCGCCGCCAUGGGUCUGCCCGUGUCGGGCUUCCCGAACAUGACGGCCAUCAACUUGGAGGACGAGGUCGGGCACCACUACGUGUCGGUCAGGACGUUCUUGCGCGUCGGCAUUCCAGCUAGCAUUCUAGCUACGCUGAUUAUCGCCACGCUGGGCUACGUGAUCAUGCUGUUCCUAGGUCUCUAG